UCCCUGAGGUGCGCCAGUGUUGACCAUCAACUAGGCAGCUGUGCACCGGCCGUCGUGCUUCGCUGUUUUCAUUGGCCAGAGAUCGCCGGGUUGCACGCUAUUGGUCUCUGUGUCCCGGGGAGCGACCAAUGACGUGACGAUGAUUGAUGCCGCUGAAACGUGAUGCACCCUGGUACCCUGCUGACGGCAAGGGUGUUGGACAAUUGCCGCUUGGUGAUUGGCUGACAGAGCGAGGCGGGACAAAGGCCACGACGUGAUUGGCCGCGCUCGGGGUGAGCGGGGAAACGGGCGCCCUUCAGCCCCUCGCACGGACGCGAUGUCGGUCCGCUCGCCGGCUGUCGGUAUCGACUUGGGCACCACCUACUCCUGCGUCGGCGUUUUCCAGCAUGGCAAGGUGGAGAUAAUCGCCAACGACCAGGGCAACCGCACGACGCCCAGCUACGUAGCCUUUACCGACACCGAGCGCCUGAUCGGCGAUCCGGCCAAGAACCAGGUAGCCAUCAAUCCCACCAACACCGUCUUCGACGCCAAGCGCCUGAUAGGCCGCAGGUUCCACGACCCGACAGUGCAGAGCGACAUCAAGCUCUGGCCCUUCACCGUGAUCAAUGAUGGAGGGAAACCCAAAGUCCAGGUGGAGUACAAAGGGGAAAAUAAGACAUUCUUUGCUGAGGAGAUUUCCUCUAUGGUGCUAACAAAAAUGAAAGAGAUAGCAGAAGCAUACCUAGGCAGUCAAGUCACCAAUGUUGUCAUCACAGUGCCAGCUUACUUUAAUGAUAGUCAAAGACAAGCUACCAAAGAUGCUGGAACCAUUGCUGCUUUAAAUGUGAUGAGAAUAAUUAAUGAACCAACAGCUGCUGCUAUCGCUUAUGGACUAGACAAAGCAGGACCUGGUGAGCAUAAUGUUCUCAUCUUUGACCUGGGAGGCGGAACUUUUGAUGUUUCGAUCCUUACCAUCGAAGAUGGCAUCUUUGAGGUCAAGUCCACUUCUGGAGAUACUCACCUGGGGGGAGAAGAUUUUGACAGCCGCAUGGUGAACCACUUUAUUGAGGAAUUCAAACGGAAAUUUAAGAAGGACAUCUCCCAGAACAAGCGGGCAGUAAGACGUUUGCGCACAGCUUGUGAGCGUGCCAAAAGGACUCUGUCCUCGAGUACACAGGCCAGUGUUGAGAUUGACUCCUUGCAUGAAGGUGUAGAUUUCUACACAUCAAUCACCAGGGCCCGGUUCGAAGAGUUGAAUAGUGAUCUCUUCAGAGCUACACUGGAACCCAUUGAGAAAGCCCUUCGCGAUGCCAAGAUUGACAAAUCUCGGGUUCAGGAUGUUGUCCUUGUGGGAGGCUCCACAAGAAUCCCUAAAAUCCAGAGUAUUCUUCAAGACUUUUUCAAUGGGAAGGAACUGAACAAAAGCAUCAAUCCCGAUGAGGCAGUAGCUUAUGGUGCCGCAGUGCAGGCAGCCAUUUUAGCAGGUGACAAGUCUGAGAAUGUACAGGACCUGUUGCUCCUGGAUGUCACUCCCCUGUCUCUUGGUAUUGAGACAGCUGGUGGGAUCAUGACUCCCCUCAUUAAACGAAACACCACCAUCCCUACCAAACAGACACAGGUCUUCACCACUUACUCAGAAAACCAAACUAGUGUCCUUAUUCAAGUCUACGAAGGGGAAAGAGCAAUGACCAAAGACAACAACCUGCUUGGUACGUUCAGCCUGGCCGACAUCCCACCAGCUCCACGUGGACUCCCUCAGAUAGAGGUGAUCUUUGAUAUAGAUGCCAAUGGCAUCCUGAAUGUUUCAGCAGUUGACAAGAGCACAGGACACACAAACAAAAUCACCAUUACCAAUGACAAGGGCCGGCUGAACAAAGAUGACAUUGAGCGCAUGGUGCAGGAGGCAGAGCGCUACAAGGCAGAGGAUAACCUGAACAGGGAGAAGGUGGCUGCCAAGAACAUGCUCGAGUCCUACGCGUACAGCAUGAAGCAGGCUGUACAGGAUGAGAACCUGAAAGGGAAGAUCAGUGAGGAGGAUGGGAAUGCUAUCCUGGCAAAAUGUCAGGAGGUCCUUAGCUGGUUAGAAAGAAACCAGACAGCAGAGAAGGAGGAGUUGGAUUAUCAGCAGAAAGAGCUAGAGAAAGUCUGUAAACCACUUCUCAAGUUCUUCAGAUGUCCCUGCAGUAGGAUACCUCCAGGAGCCAGCAGUUCUUCGGUGCCCAGCAGCCCAACUGGACCCACAAUUGAAGAGGUUGACUGAGUGAGGUGGCUAAGGGCAUCGGAAGAACUACUUAUUUUCCUUGUUCCCUCAGCAUUAGUGUGGCGAGAAGGGAGGGAACACAAUGUAUUAUCGAUAAGCCAUUCAGAUAAUACAAAGGACUCAACUGCUUAUUUCUCUAUCUUACUGUAGAUUAAUUGUCAGAGUUUAAUUGCACAUUAUCACAUACAUAUACUUUUUUUAAAUUUAGAGAUACAGCAGGGUAACAGGCCUUUCUGAUCCGACAAGCCCAUGCUGCCCAUUUACACUUGUGUGACAGAUUAACCUAUUCAUCUGUACAUCUUUGGAAUGAGAAUCCGGAGAAGACCCACACAGUCAUGAGGGGAAUGUUAAACUCCUUACAGACAGUGGGAAUUGAACUUGGGUCACUUGCCCUGUGAUAGUGUUGUGCUAACUGCUAUGCUUCUUUGCUACCUGUUAUUGCUGUCCCUAAAUCAUUGCUUUUAAAAAUUAUCACCGGGUACUCUGAAUUCACAAACAGCUCGCAUGAUCUUUACAGUCAUGGAGCAAUGCAGAACGAAUGCAGGCCCUUUGAUCCAGAGUCCAUGCUGACCAUGGAGCCAACCCAGCUAAUGCCAACUUCCUGCAUUUGGCCCAUAUCACUGCCCUUCCGUGUACCAUUGUAGCAGCCUCAACCCCUCUGCUAGCAGCUGAUUUCCUAUAUGCACCAUCUUUGUAUGUGGGGAAAAUGUUGCCCCUUGGGUUCCUUGUAAAUAUUUCCAAAACUGUGCCCCUGGUUUUGGUCCCUCCUAUCCUGCAGAAAAGACUGUUGCCUUCCACCUUAUCUAUGUCUUUCAUAAUUUUAAACAUUACUAUAAGGUUGCCCAUUUUUCUCAUAUCUUCCAGAGAAUAAAAACCUAACCUAAUCUUUAGCAACUUCAUAUGUCAGUAAAGGUUGUGCUGUUGAUUUAAUUUGGAGUAAAAAUAACUAAUGAAAAUGGAAAAUAACUUUUUCAUUCCUAAUGCGAUAGCAAUUUGAAACUUGCUGCUUUACAGUUCUUUCCAUGCUAAAGCAGUUAAUAGGGAGGAGAUCUACAGCACAGCAACAGGUCCUUCAGCCCACAAUGUUGUGCUGAACCUGUUAAAUUAGUGAUGAAAUGGCCAGCUAAACUAGUUGUUUGGCCUGGUAAGCCUCUUAUGCGCCUGCUGCAAAGCCUCAACAUUCUUCCUGUAGUGGGACAACCAGAAAUGAAUGCAAUACUCCAGAUGCUUCCUAAUUCUAAUUCCUAAUGCAACUUUAUAAAGUUGCAAGCUAAAUCUACCCUUUUUACUGGAGAUCAGAAACCAUCAAUUCUUUGUGGGAGGAAAGGAAUUGUCAAUGUUAUGAGUUGAAUUGACUAUUUCUUGCAUCCUUCAUGUACAUGAGGAGUAAAAAUCUUUGUUACACCUCCAUCUAAAUGUGCAAUGUAUAGAGAUUUGUAAUAAAUAGUAUGUACAACAGGACCGUCAAUAUAACAUAGAAAUACGAUUGUAGCAAUGUGAAUCAAUCAGUCUGAUGGAAGAAGCUCUCCUGGAGCCUGUUGGUCCUGGCUUUUAUGCUGCGGUACCAUUUCCCAGAUGGUAGCAGCUGGAACAUUUUGUGAUACUCACCGAUCUCUAUAAGUGUCCUGAAUAGUGGGAAGUUCACAAUCUACAGAUGCCCUGAGCUGUCUGCACCACACUCUGCAGAGUCUUGUGAUUGAGGGAAGUACAGUUCUCAUACCAGGCAGUGAUGUAGCCAGUUAGGAUGCUUGCAAUUGUGCCCCUGUAGAAAGUCCUUGAGAUUUGAGGACUUGUGCCAGACUUCUUCAACUGUCUGAGGUGAAAGAGGUGCAAUUGUGCUUUUUUUCCCACCACCCAGCCAGUACGUACAGACCGCCUGAGAUCCUCGGUGAUGUGUAUGCUGAGGAACUUAAAGCUGUUCACACUGUCAACCCCAGAUCUAGUCCUGAUGCAGUUUCUAACCCAAAACGACCCUGUCCAUUUCCUUGAUCUGAGAAGAUUCUCCAGCAGACUGCCUAUUUUUUUGCUCCAGGUUUCAGUAUUUACAGCAUCUUUUGUCACCCUCCAUUCCUUAAUGGAAAAAGGAACACGGAAGAGGAGCAACACACCUUUAUUGGGCUCCUCGGAAAAGGAAACCACACAAUUUCUUUGACUGUGAAGAAAGUCUUUCAUUUCCUGGCACUGUUUGGAGAGAUACAAGUCUGUGUAUUACAGUUGGACAACUCUUCAAUGUUCCUUUGACACAGAUAAGUUUGUAGAAACCAAACAUGCCUUUACAACUUGUGUAUCAGAUUAAAAUAUAACACCUGCAAAAUACUUGUCUCCAUUCAAGGAUGUGGUAGAUCAAGGUGAAUACUACAUUUGGUCUAUUAUCUUCAAAGGUUGCUGUGUACCUUAUUUGUUAAAUUGCAUUGUUUUAUGUUUCAAUUCAUCACAGAUGUGAAAUGUUGAAAAUUAAACAUCUUGGAUCAAUAGGGUCAGACUUUUUAACAGUAAAUGUGGGGGAAAACUGAAGAAGUUGUUUUUAAAAAUUCCUGUU